AUGCAGUUCCAACAGAAAGGCAAUACUUUGUCCCAGGAGGUCAUCUGCCUCCUUGACAUCCCCCCCGCCCCCCGCCCAGCCAAGUCCUCAAUAGAACAAAACCGUUCCUCGAAAAGAGACUUUCGAAACCCCAGAUUUCGGCCCAGCCCUGGGAGACGUAAAAGACCAUUUUCCACCAUCAUUCUGCACCUAGUCACGGAAGCGAUGCCAGCCACUCAGAUUCAUAGGGUUCUUAAAAUGAGCAACGCAGCACACGAGAGCUUCAGGCCAAAGCUCGAGCAGGAGGACAGCAAAACCAAACUCGACAAGCGGGAAGAGUCCCAGAGCGACAUCAAAUGCCACGGAACAAAGGAGGAAGGAGACCGGGAGAUUACGAGUAGCCGAGAGAGUCCCCCUGUGAGAGCCAAAAAACCUCGCAAAGCCAGGACGGCUUUCUCCGACCACCAACUCAAUCAACUGGAGCGUAGCUUUGAGCGACAGAAGUACCUGAGUGUGCAGGACCGCAUGGACCUGGCAGCUGCGCUCAAUCUCACUGACACCCAGGUCAAGACCUGGUACCAGAACCGCAGGACCAAGUGGAAGCGGCAGACUGCGGUGGGCCUGGAGCUGCUGGCCGAGGCAGGGAAUUACUCGGCACUGCAGAGGAUGUUUCCGUCGCCUUAUUUCUACCACCCAAGCUUGCUGGGCAGCAUGGACAGUACUACCGCCGCGGCGGCCGCCGCCGCCAUGUACAGCAGCAUGUACCGGACUCCUCCUGCACCCCAUCCCCAGCUGCAGAGGCCCCUGGUGCCCCGAGUGCUCAUCCACGGCCUGGGGCCUGGGGGACAGCCGGCCCUCAAUCCCCUGUCCAACCCCAUCCCAGGCACCCCGCAUCCCCGGUGA